CUUCAAUAAGCAUCAUGACCGGAAUCAAAGCAAAGAAGUUUUAAAGCAACUUCAACAGUUGGCUUUCAAUGGUAUGAAAAACGAUGAACUGAUUUUCAAUGGAGAGCUAGUCGAUGAGAAAAUGAAAGAGUCAGGAUUACUAAACUUUUUACCUAAUCCAAUUUUUCAAAUUCAAAUACAGGUUUGCUUUAUUCAUUUAACUAUACAAGAAUUUCUCGCAGCGAAGCAUAUUGUGGAAACAAAAACACCUGAAGAAAUAAAAGAAUUUAUAACUUUGCAUUUCAAGCAUGGCUGAUGGCAUCUGGUGCUUCAAUUUCUAGCUGGAUUAUUGGGAGGGAAAAUGAGGAAGUCUGAUGACUCUCAUCAAUACAGAAGCUGCGUGUUGUCGUUCAAGAAAUAUCUUGCAAUUGAAGGCACUACGUACAAGAUUACAGAAAAUAUUUUGGUAAUGAAAUGCUUGAGAGAAGUGCAGGAUGAAGAUGUUGCUAAAGAAAUUGCUGCAAACUCUGCUUUGAAAGAUGUGACUGAGAUAUGGUGUUCUGGUUUUGCUAUUCUCUCCCCAAGCGAUGUGGCAGCAAUGGUGUUCGUUUGCAAACACUUGAACAUUUUAAAUUGCCUAGGCAUUGCAGGCGUAUCCAGUGCUUGUUUGAUGGAAGCUUUUAAAUUGCUGCAUGGAAGAUGCUUAAAGUCACUGGAUAUGAAUUUCUCAGCGUCGAAGUUUGUAACCAGCUUACAGAACUUAAUCUUGAUGGGAAUGAUAUAGGUGAUGAGGGCGUUCGUUCUCUUUGUUGCGGAAUUCGACAAAGACGAUUGAAGCUGAAGAAGUUAAAUCUAUCCGGACGUUCUUUAACCAAUGAAAGCGUACCCUGGCUGGUAGAGCUUAUCAGUGAUGAACACUGUCAAAUAACUGGCUUAGAAAUCAGUGGUCGUAAAAUAGGUGAUCAAGGAAUGGAGAUGUUGUUUGACGUUUUCAGACAAGAAACAUGUAAGAUUACUAUGUUGAGUAUUAGCUCGUGUUAUUUAACAGAAAAAAGCAUGGUUGCCUUGGGUGAUGCUGUCAAUGAAGGAAAAUGUGGACUAAAGAUAUUGAAUCUUAGCAAUAAUAAGAUAGGAGAUGAAGGUAUGCGGAUCUUGUGCAAUGUUCUUGAACAAGGAACAUGUCCUCUCACCAGUUUGCACGUUUCCAGAUGUUCGUUAACAGACGAAUGCAUGCCGAGCUUGUGCCAGGCUCUCGGAGAUAAACGAUGUAAACUCACUAAGUUGUAUGUAAACAACAAUGAAAUCACAGAUAAACAUUUAUCAUUACUCUCAGACACUCUGAAAUUUCAGAAUUGUUGUCUGAAAUAUUUAAGAAUUGAAGAUUGCAUUAUUACUAAAGCGGGUGAAAAGAUCCUUAAUGAAACCAUGCAGUCUGAUAUCUAUAUUAUUGGACAAGAUGAUGAAUUAACAAGGUUUUCAUUACUAAAAGUUUAA